AGGGUUUGGUUUUUUGUUUCUUUCCUUUCUGGUUAUUAACUCAGUUACUGAGUCACCAAACCAAGAAAAUCGAAUCUAUCAUUUUUAGCCAUGGGGUCGAUCCCCGAUCCAGGCGAGUUGACCGAGUUGACUCCGCCGAAUUUCGAUGAGUUCCAGCGUCAAACCUCGUUAAUGACUAGCUGUACUCUCCUUUGGAAGGAGCUUUCUGAUCACUUUACUUAUCUUGAACAGAACAUCAUGAAGAAAUCUGCUGCGCUGAAACAGAAGAUACAAACACUAGACACUGAAACGAAAGCUUCCUUGGACUUUCUGAAGAAGCGGGAGGUCACCAUCGACGGCAGCGUCGAGAUCGCUUUAGAAAAUCUGGAAGAACGCACGGAGGCUGCUCUCAGUAAAUUGAAUUCUGUCUCGGAAGAAAAGGAAUUGACCAACCCUGAUGGCGAAGUCGACGACGGCGACGCAUUGUUGAUGAUACUGAAGAGUUAUUGUCUAAAAAUGGAGGCAAGAGAGUUUUGGAGGUUUGUGAUUACUAAAAAGAAAGAAAUAGACGAGAUGAGAAAUUUGUUACCGGUGGCGCUAGCUGAAUGCGUUGAUCCUGCGAAGUUUGUUAUGGAAGCUAUAUCGGAGGUCUUUCCUGUGGACAAGAGAAAAGACAAGAGUGGUAAUGAUUUGGGCUGGGCUUGCGUGUUGGUGUUGGAGAGUUUGAUACCGGUGGUGGUUGACCCGGUGAUUGGGAAGUCGAGGUUGUUGGUGACGCCGAGUGUGAAGGUGAAAGCCAAAGAGAUCGCUGAGACUUGGAAGGCGAGCCUGGAGGAGAGAGGUGGGAUUGAGAACGUGAAGACGCCUGACGUGCAUACCUUUUUGCAGCAUCUCGUUACUUUUGGGAUUGUUAAGAAGAAGGAUGUGAACUUGUAUCGGAAGCUUGUGGUUGGCUCCGCCUGGCGGAAGCAGAUGCCAAAACUCGCCGUUUCGCUUGGUCUGGGUGAUGAAAUGCCUGAGAUGAUUAAAGAAUUGAUCAGUAGGGGACAGCAGCUUGAUGCAGUGCAUUUUACAUAUGAGGUUGGUCUGGUGGACAAGUUCCCCCCAGUUCCUCUACUUAAGGCUUUUCUGAAGGACGCAAAGAAGGCUGCUGCAUCUAUUUUGGAGGAUCCAAAUAACACUGGCCGAGCUGGGCACCUUGCUGUACGCAAAGAACAGUCAGCUCUCCGAGCAGUCAUCAAGUGCAUUGAAGAGUAUGAACUUGAAGCUGAGUUUCCUCCGGAUAAUCUCAGGAAGCGUCUUGAGCAGCUGGAGAAGGCCAAGAUUGAGAAGAAAAAGCCAGCAGCUGUCCCUGCCACUAAGCGUACACGUGCUAGCAGUGGUGGUCCAAUGCCUCCUGCUAAGGCUGGUCGUUUGGCAAAUGCAUAUGUUUCAUCCUUCCCUGCACCACCCACCUUUGUCAGGUCUCCCUCACACACUCAAUACCCUGCUGGGGUCUCACCAUAUGCAUCCCCACCUGCCAUAUACGGCAACAGGAGCCCACCAACAAAUCCAUAUGCAUACUCACCAGAAGCACCACCAACAAAUCCAUAUGCAUACUCACCAGAAGCGGUCCCUCCUCUGGCUGGAUCCUAUCCAGGAGCUCCCAUGAACUACCCUGCCUAUGGGGCCUAUGGCACUGGUUUGGCACCGGCUUAUCAGCAGGCUUACUACCGAUAGACAUGACUACACUUUGAAGAUGGUAACCACUGAUAUGAUGACCCAAAAUCUCAUUUGCUUUCUUAAUGGUUUGUAAUCACUAACCGUUUUAAUGUUAACAGUGGCUGUGUGUUAAUUAUAACUUUAUCCUGCUUCUCACCGUCUCUCGGUGGGAAGUAUUUCUAAUGUUGAUUAAACUUCUAGUAUUAGGUGAUUGUGGAAGUACAUGAUGGCAUCAUAACAAUGUUAAGACUCGAUCAUCACCAAUGUUGUAGAUUUGUUGUAGAAA